CUCAGGUCUAAACAAACAGGAGAAAUGGCUGCUUUAGACGAAAUUAAACGUCUCGAAUAUUUAUCUUUGGUGUCUAAGGUGUGCACGGAGCUGGAGAAUCAUCUGGGAAUAAGCGAGAAAGAUCUGGCUGAAUUUAUCAUCAGUCUGGCCGAAAAACACCCAACAUUUGAGGACUUCAAAGCAGUCCUGUGUGAAAAUGGAGCAGACUUUACAGAUACCCUUAUUGGUAAUUUACUCAGACUUAUUCAAACAAUGCGACCCCUACCAUCUACGAGUAAAGAGGUCAAACCAAAGAGUGAGAAGGACAAGCUGAAAGAGAAAUACCCUGCUUUAUGUAAACCAGAUGCUCCUGUGUGGACGAUUCCACCACGACACGCAGAUAAAGAUGACGAGCAGGUUGCUGCAGCAGCCAUGAAGGAGCUGGAGAUGCUUAUGCCAAACUUCUGUGGAACGAGCUCUGAUAACGGGUCAGACAGAAAUUUGCACAGCGACAGAGGUCGAGACGCAGACAGAGAAAGCGCACGUAAGCGAAGUCGUUCUCGCUCCAGAUCAAAAGAUCGUGACACAGAAGCAAACCCCAAGCGCAGAAGGAAACGGGUGUCCCGCUGGAGUGACCAUCCACCGAGCCCUCACAGAGAUGAUGACAACAACAACAACAACAACAUCAACAACAAGGACGACGGGGACUCUGAACGCUGGCGCGAUAGACUUGUGGAUCGGCCUCCACCAGACGAGCCUGUUGUGGGCGACAUCUACAACGGCAAAAUCAGCAGUAUUAUGCAGUUUGGCUGUUUUGUGCAGCUGGAGGGCCUCAGAAAACGCUGGGAGGGCCUGGUGCACAUCUCAGAGUUGCGGAAAGAAGGACGUAUAGCCAAUGUAGCUGACGUGGUCACCAAAGGCCAAAAAGUUAAAGUCAAAGUGCUGUCAUUCACUGGAACCAAAGCCAGCCUUAGCAUGAAGGAUGUUGACCAGGAGACCGGUGAGGACCUGAACCCCAACCGGAGACGAAACCUGGACACUGGAGUUGGAGAAGAAGCCAUGAGGAACCCUGACCGCCCCAUUGAAGCAAACAUGUUGGAAAUGGAGGAAAACCCAACAGAACGCAAGCGGCUCGCCAAAAUCACUGACCUUGAAAAAUGGGAGAUUAAACAGAUGAUUGCAGCCAACGUGCUUCCUAAAGAAGAGUUCCCAGAAUUUGACGAGGAGACGGGAAUCCUUCCCAAAGUAGAUGAUGACGAAGAUGACGAAGUGGAGAUUGAUCUGGUCGAAGACGAACCCCCAUUCCUGAUGGGACAGACUAAAUAUAGCACCAACAUGAGUCCAGUCAAGAUAGUAAAGAAUCCAGAUGGCUCCCUUUCCCAGGCAGCCAUGAUGCAGACUGCUCUUGCUAAGGAGAGGAGAGAGCUGAAGCAGGCGGCUCGCGCAGCAGAGAUGGACUCCAUCCCUACCGGUCUCCACAAGAACUGGAUAGACCCAAUGCCGGAUUAUGAAGGGAGGCAGAUCGCAGCCAACAUGAGGGGCAUCGGCGCUAUGCCUGUCGAUCUUCCAGCGUGGAAAAGAUAUGCCUUCGGAGGGAACCAGGUGUCGUAUGGCAAGAAGACAGAACUCUCCAUCCUGCAGCAGAGAGAGAGUCUGCCUAUUUUCAAGCUUAAAGAACAGCUCGUUCAGGCUGUCCACGAUAAUCAGAUCUUGAUUGUAGUUGGAGAAACUGGGUCCGGUAAGACCACGCAGAUCACUCAAUACCUGGCAGAGGCAGGCUACACCUCCAGGGGGAAGAUUGGUUGCACGCAGCCCCGUCGUGUAGCUGCCAUGUCAGUGGCCAAAAGAGUCUCUGAGGAGUAUGGUUGCCGUCUCGGCCAAGAGGUGGGCUACACCAUUCGUUUUGAGGACUGCACCAGUACAGAGACAGUAAUCAAGUACAUGACCCAUGGUAUGCUGCAAAGGGAGUGUCUGCUGGAUUCAGACAUGAGCCAGUAUUCCCUCAUUAUGCUGGAUGAGGCCCAUGAGAGGACAAUCCACACCGAUGUGCUCUUUGGUCUUCUUAAGAAGACGAUACAGAAACGCAAAGACAUGAAGCUGAUUGUGUCCUCUGCUACGCUGGAUGCUGUCAAAUUCUCCCAGUAUUUCUUUGAAGCUCCCAUCUUCACCAUCCCAGGAAGAACCUUCCCAGUGGAGGUUCUCUACGCCAAAGAACCUGAAACAGACUAUCUAGAUGCCGGUCUCAUCACUGUUAUGCAGAUCCAUCUAACCGAGCCCCCAGGUGACAUCCUGGUGUUUCUCACUGGACAGGAAGAGAUCGACACCGCCUGCGAGAUCUUGUAUGAGAGAAUGAAGUCACUGGGGCCGGAUGUUCCUGAACUGAUCAUUCUGCCAGUUUAUUCUGCCCUACCCAGUGAGAUGCAGACCAGGAUCUUCGACCCUGCACCCCCAGGCAGCAGGAAGGUCAUCAUCGCCACAAACAUUGCUGAGACUUCUCUGACUAUCGAUGGAAUCUACUACGUGGUGGAUCCUGGCUUUGUCAAACAGAUUGUGUAUAAUUCCAAGACGGGUAUCGACCAGCUUGUGGUGACUCCCAUCUCACAGGCCCAGGCCAAGCAGAGGUCAGGUCGAGCCGGCAGAACAGGCCCUGGGAAGUGUUACAGGCUCUACACUGAGAGAGCCUACAGAGACGAGAUGCUGACGACAAACGUGCCUGAGAUCCAGAGAACCAACUUGGCCAGCACUGUGCUGUCUCUGAAGGCGAUGGGUAUUAAUGACCUCCUGGCGUUUGACUUCAUGGAUGCUCCUCCCAUGGAGACUCUGAUCAUAGCCAUGGAGCAGCUCUACACUCUGGGAGCUCUGGAUGAUGAGGGUUUACUCACAAGGCUGGGUAGAAGGAUGGCCGAGUUCCCCCUGGAGCCAAUGCUCUGCAAGAUGUUGAUCAUGUCCGUCCAUCUUGGCUGCAGUGAAGAGAUGCUCACCAUCGUCUCCAUGUUGUCUGUUCAGAACAUCUUUUACAGACCAAAGGACAAACAGGCCCUUGCUGACCAGAAAAAGACAAAGUUCUUCCAGCCUGAGGGAGACCACCUGACGUUGCUGGCUGUCUACAACUCCUGGAAGAACAACAAGUUCUCCAACCCCUGGUGUUUCGAGAACUUCAUCCAAGCCCGCUCCUUAAAGAGAGCCCAGGACAUACGCAAGCAGAUGCUAAGCAUCAUGGACAGACACAAGCUGGACGUGGUAUCUUGUGGAACAGCUACAAUGCGGGUCCAGAAAGCAAUUUGCAGCGGUUUCUUCAGGAACGCUGCCAGGAAGCACCCCCAUGAUGGGUACCGUACCCUGAUCGACCAGCAGGUGGUGUACCUGCACCCCUCCAGCACUCUCUUCAACCGCCAGCCCGAGUGGACAUGUUACAGCAGGUUCUCAGAGUGGAAAUCAGGAACAAAUUGCUCAUCGCUGUCAGGGACCUGA